AUGGCACACGGAAAUCGAACGUCUUUUGACUGAUGUUUAUUUUUCUUCGACGAGCAGCAUGCCUGCUGAACGCAAGCGCUCGGUAAACAUGGACGAGAAAGACGCUUGCAAAGACAAAGAGAAGGACAGAGAUGCCGAGAGGAAAGCGGGGGCCAAAACCAAAGAGGAGGCCAAGAUGAGCGGCAAGAAGGACUCCGGCAAAGAAGACAAGCGGAAGCGACAGGAGGAGGAGAAGAAGAAGAAAGAGGAGAAGGAGCGAAAGAAGAAAGAAGAGGAGAAACAGAAAGCGGAGGAAGAGCAGAAGCAGAAGGAGGAGGAGGCAAAGAGACAGCAGGAGGAGCAAGAGAAGAAACUCCAAGAGGAGGAGGCCAAAAGACAACGCGAGGAGGCGGCCGCCAUCCUCAAGGAGCGGGAAGAAGGACACCAGCUGCAUCAGGAGGCCUGGGAGCGUCACCAAUGCCGGAAGGAACUGCGCGUCAGGAACCAGAACGCCCACGAGGCCCGGCCCGAAGAGGCCUUCUUCAGCCGGCUGGACUCCAGCCUCAAGAAGAACACGGCCUUCGUCAAGAAGUUGCGUACGCUGACCGAGCAGCAGCGGGACUCGCUCUCCAACGACUUCGCCUCGCUCAACCUCAGCAAGUACAUCGGCGAGGCGGUCGGCUCGGUGGUGGAGGCCAAGUUGAAGAUCUCGGACGUGGGCUGCGCCGUGCACCUCUGCUCGCUCUUCCACCAGAGGUACGCCGAGUUUGCGCCACUGCUCCUUCAGGGCUGGAAGAAGCACUUUGAGGCGCGCAAGGAGGACAAAGUGCCCAACGUCAGCAAGCUGCGCACCGACCUGCGCUUCCUGGCCGAGCUCACCAUCGUGGGCUUCUUCACCGACAAGGAGGGCCUGUCGCUCAUCUACGAGCAGCUGAAGAACAUCAUCGGCGCCGACCGCGACACGCACACGCACGUGUCUGUGGUCAUCAGCUUCUGCAAGCACUGCGGGGACGACAUCGCCGGCCUGCUGCCGCGAAAGGUCAAGACGGCCGCCGAAAAGUACGGGCUGAACUUUCCUCCUAGCGAGAUCAUCAACGCGGAGAAGCAGCAACCCUUCCAGAAUCUUCUGCGAGAGUACUUUACGUCUCUGGCCAAGCACCUGAAGAAGGACCACAGGGAGCUGCAGAACAUUGAACGGCAGAACAGGCGCAUCUUACAUUCCAAAGGCGAACUGAGCGAGGACCGCCACAAGCAGUACGAGGAGUUUGCCACGUCCUAUCAGAAGCUGCUGGCCAACACGCAGUCGUUGGCCGACCUCCUGGAUGAAAACAUGCCGGAGUUACCUCAGGACAAGACCGUGCAGGAAGAACACGGCCCCGGCAUCGAUAUAUUUACCCCCGGCAAGCCCGGAGAGUACGACCUGGAGGGAGGGAUCUGGGAGGACGAAGACGCUCGCAACUUCUACGAGAACUUGGUGGACCUUAAGGCCUUCGUGCCGGCCAUCCUCUUCAAGGACAACGAGAAAGGCGGCCAGGGCAAAGACAAGGACGAAGCCAAAGAUGGCCGAGAGGCCAAGGAGGCCGCCGGUGCCGCGGAAGAACUGGAGCUAGAGCUGGAAGCGCUGGACAUCGCCGACGAGCCUCUGGAACUGGAGGCUGCCGACGAGGCCGAGAGUGAAGAACUGACCAAAAAGAUGAUAGAUGAGCAGGAGCAAGAGGACGAAGAGGCCAGCACGGGCUCCCACCUGAAGCUGAUAGUGGACGCCUUCAUCCAGCAGCUCCCCAACUGCGUCAACCGAGACCUCAUAGACAAGGCCGCCAUGGACUUCUGCAUGAACAUGAACACCAAAUCCAACAGGAGGAAGCUGGUGCGAGCUCUCUUCACGGUGCCCCGGCAGAGAUUAGAUCUGCUGCCUUUUUACUCCCGCCUCGUGGCCACCCUUCAUCCUUGCAUGUCAGACGUGGCCGAGGACCUCUGCUCCAUGCUUAAGGGAGACUUCCGAUUUCACAUUCGCAAGAAGGACCAGAUAAACAUUGAGACCAAAAAUAAAACGGUCAGGUUUAUCGGGGAACUGGCCAAGUUUAAGAUGUUCUCCAAGACGGACACGCUUCACUGUCUCAAGAUGCUGCUGUCCGAUUUCACGCACCACCACGUGGAGAUGGCUUGCACCCUGCUGGAGACCUGCGGCCGCUUUCUCUUCAGGUCGCCCGACUCGCACCUGCGCACCAGUGUCCUGCUGGAGCAAAUGAUGCGUAAAAAGCAAGCCCAGCACUUGGAUGCGCGCUACGUGACCAUGGUGGAGAACGCCUACUACUACUGCAACCCCCCGCCCAUUGGAAAGACGGUGAAGAAGAAGAGGCCGCCGCUGCAGGAGUACAUUCGCAAGCUGCUCUACAAGGACCUGUCCAAGGUCACCAUCGAGAAGGUGCUCAGGCAGAUGCGCAAGCUGCCUUGGCAGGACCCCGAGGUCAAGAGCUACCUCAUCUGCUGCAUGGUCAACAUCUGGAACGUCAAGUACAACAGCAUCCACUGCGUGGCCAACCUGCUGGCCGGCCUGGUGGCCUACCAGGAGGACGUGGGCAUCCACGUGGUAGACGGGGUCCUGGAGGACAUCCGCCUGGGCAUGGAGGUCAACCAGCCCAAGUUCAACCAGCGGCGCAUAAGCAGCGCCAAGUUCCUGGGCGAGCUGUACAACUACCGCAUGGUGGAGUCGGCCGUCAUCUUCCGCAUGCUCUUCUCCUUCAUCUCCUUCGGCGUCAACCAGGACGGCAGCCCCAGCUCGUUGGACCCCCCCGAGCACCUCUUCCGCAUCCGGCUGGUGUGCACGUUGCUCGACACCUGCGGACAGUACUUCGACCGAGGCUCCAGCAAGAAGAAGCUCGAUUGUUUCCUCAUCUACUUCCGGCGCUACAUCUGGUGGAAAAAAAGCGUGGACGCUUGGACCAAGGAGCACCCCUUUCCCAUCGACAUCGACUACAUGAUCAGCGACACUCUGGAGCUGCUCCGGCCCAAAAUGAGGAUCGGAACCUCCCUGGAGGAGGCGAGCAGGCAGGUGCUGGACCUGGAGAGGGAGGUGCUCGUCAAACUAGGUCUAGCAAUGGAGAAAGACGGUCGCUCUAGCGCCAUGAGCGAAGGCGAAGGCCCGGACGAGGAGGAUGACGACGAAGACGAGGAAGGCGGCGCCGAGACGGAGGAGCAGUCGGGCAACGAGAGCGAAAUGAACGAACCGGAGGAAGACGAAGCGUCUGAGAAUGAGGAAGACGAGAGGGAUGAUGAGGAAGAAGAAAACACCGACUACCUGACAGACUCCAACAAGGAAAAUGAGACGGAUGAGGAGAACAAUGAGGUGACGAUUCGCGGCGGCGGGCUGAAGCACGUGGCGUGCGCCGAGGACGAGGACUUCAUCCAAGCGUUGGACAAGAUGAUGCUGGAGAACCUGCAGCAACGUAGCGGCGAGUCGGUGAAGGUGCACCAGCUGGACGUGGCCAUCCCUCUGCAGCUCAAGAGCCAGCUGAGGAAGGGAGGCGCCAGCCAACACUGCGUGGGCGAGGGCGACGCCGACGUCUCCGACACCAUGCAGUUUGUCAUGCUUACGCGCAAGGGCAAUAAGCAGCAGUACAAGAUCCUGAACGUGCCGCUGUCGUCCCACCUGGCCGCCAAUCACUUCAACCAACAGCAGGCCGAGCAAGAGGAACGCAUGAGGAUGAAGAAGCUCACCCUGGACAUCAACGAGCGCCAGGAGCAGGAAGACUAUCAAGAGAUGCUGCAGUCCCUGGCCCAGCGUCCGGCACAGGCCAACACCAACCGCGAGCGCCGGCCCCGCUACCAGCACCCCAAAGGCGCCCCCAACGCCGACCUGAUCUUCAAGACCGGAGGAAGGUGA